AUGACCGCUGCGGACCUGAGCGGUGCGGCGCUCGGCGGGCCCAUCCGUAUUGAUGGCCGCUACUUUGUGGACGCGCAUGGGCGUGUGCUACUCCUGCGCGGCGUGAAUGUCGCUGGCGUGAGCAAGAUCCCAAGCGCGCCGUCGCUCCAAGACGCCUACAAAAAUUCGCAAACGAUCUCGUUUGUCGACCGUCCCUUUCCGCUGGACGAGGCGCACGAGCACUGCGCGCGCCUGCGGCAGUGGGGCAUGACGCUCGUGCGUCUCCUGGUGACGUGGGAGGCACUGUCGCAUGACGGCCCGUGCCCUGCGCAUCCGAUCGACGGGGCGUACGUCGUCUACCUGCAGAAGCUGCUUGCAGUAAUGGAGGCGUACGGCCUCAAGGUGAUUGUUUGUGCGCACCAGGACGUAUGGAGCCGCCUGUGUGGCGGGAGCGGUGCGCCGGGGUGGACGUUUACCGCCGCCGGCCUCGACGUCGCGCGGCUGCACGCGACCGGCGCGGCGCUCGUGCCGGAAGCCGACGGCGAGCCGCUUUCGAGCGCUGCGCCCCCCGGCAAGGCGGAGCCGACCGGACCCUUUAACUGGCCGUCGGGAUACCAAAAGAUGGCGCCCGCGACGAUGGCGACGCUCUUUUGGGGCGGCCGUAUUUUUGCGCCGAAUCUGUGCCUUGAGACGGACCACACUGGCGCUGCGCGUCCCCAAAACAUCCAGGACUUUUUGCAGGCGUCGUACAUUGCCGCGUACGCGCAGCUCGUCGAGGCGCUCGUGCUGUGUCCGUCAUUUGCCGGCUUUGAUCUGAUGAACGAGCCCCACCGCGGCUACAUCGACCUCUACUCGUUUCACCACUGGUGCUACGAGACGGAUCUGCACAUUGGUCACUAUCCCUCCGCCCUCCAAGGCUUUGCGCUGAGCGACGGACACGUACAGGACAUUCCGUUCUACGUCAAGUCGUGGCCGUUUCCGUCGCGCAUGUCGCACAAGACGCGUGUCGAUCCGAAGAAGAGCGUGUGGAUCGCCCCGCGCGAGUUUCCGAACACGCGCAAAUCCUCCGGAUGCAUCUGGCGCGAGCACGGCGUGUGGGAGUGGGACGCGCAAAAGAACAAGCCGAUCGUCUUGCAGGCGGACUACUUUUCAGUGGAUCCGCGGCCCGGCCAAGGGCGCCGCAAGAUCGAGUUCUACCAGGACCUGUAUGCGCCGUUCUUGCAUGCGUUCAGCGAACGCUUGCACCACGCUGCGCCGGAAGCACUGCUGCUCGUCGAGCCCAUUCCAAACGAGUUUAUGCCGCGGUGGACGUCGGACGACGGCGCACGCCCUGCGCCGCUGACCGCCGCGACGGUCAUCACGGCGCCGCGCCCGGCAAACCUGGUGUAUGGACCGCACUUUUACGACCUAAACGUGCUCUUCUUCAAGGCGUACAACGGCAUGAGCGUGAAUGUCCAAGGCCUGAGCCGCGGCAUGUUUAUUCUGUUUGCAGUGUACUUUGGCGCACGCGGCCUUGCACGCAACUACUACAAGCAGCUUGCGCAGCUGUGUAGCAGGGGCUACGCGUCGCUCGGCGAGGUGCCGAUCCUGGUCGGCGAGGUUGGCAUCCCCUACGAUGUGAACGAUACACUGCGCACGCGUCCGGGCGACUAUCGUGUGCAGACGACGCUCCUUACCGCGCUCGUGUCUGGCCUCGAGCGCAACCUUAUUUCAUUCACGCUGUGGAACUACAACCCCGCGAACAAAGUCGCGCUCGGCGAUGGGUGGAACCAGGAAGACUUUUCCAUCGUCAACUUUGAACACGCCGCAGCGGACCGCGACAAUGCGCGGCGCGACGAGAUGCUGUACCGCGGCGGACGUGCACUCGGUGCGAUUCUGCGGCCGUACGCUUGCAAGGUCGCAGGCAUUCCGCUGUCGACCAAGUGGGACGCGCGCAAAAAGUCGCUGCAUUUUCGCUGGAAGAAUGGCCCCCGGUCCAUCCACGCCGCGACCGAGAUCUACGUUCCCGACUUUCAUUUCCGGGGCGUGGCGGUGCACGUUGCGCUCAGCGACGGAACGUACCGCUACGUGCCUGAGGAGCAAACGCUCUAUGUCGAGCACAGCGUGCACAAGCCCGGCGCAGUGCACAGCGUCGUGCUCUCGGUGAGUGCGCAAGAAAAAAAGGGUAUCCUAUGGGCCGUGCUACUGGCCGUGCUCGUGGCGCUCGUGGCGUACUGCCUCCGUAGAUAA